AUGUCAUUGGUGCGCAUUAAACGCACCUCAGGGGCCCAUGAGGGAGAUUAUGUCAACAGAAAAUCCUUCCACAGUAUCAAUGUUCAGAUGAUCUGUGAUGCUGCCUGCAUCAUUACUAAUGUGGAGGCAAAGUGUCCUGGAUCCGUCCAUGACUCCCGAGUUUUUAGGUCCAGUACCAUUUCCCACCGACUAUCACAAGGUGAAUUCUCUGGCGUUCUUCUGGGAGACAAGGGUUAUGCCUGUGAGACGUACCUUCUCACUCCCCUUGCAGACCCUCAGACAGCAGCACAGCAAGGAUACAAUCUUGCUCAUGCAAGAACAAGGGCCCGAAUUGAGAUGGCAUUUGGCCUUCUCAAGUCACGUUUUCAGUGUCUCCACCACCUGAGGGUCACCCCAGACAGGGGCUGUGACAUUACUGUAGCCUGCACGGUCCUACAUAAUAUUGCCUGUCUGAGGAAGGAAAGGGGUCCAGCAGUGGCACUGGAGAUUGAGUGGGACAAUGCAGCUAUAUUCCCAGAUGACAUUAAUGGCAGGCUGGUCAGAGACCAAUACAUUAAUUAUUUCAGAUGAGUUAUUUCAUUGUCUUGUCCUUCUCUAAUAAAGGAUAGUUUAUGUUACUCCUUAA